AUGUCUAAACCUGUUAUUUUAAUGGCUCUCUACUCCGGUGGUAAGCACUCCAAAGAAGAAAAACGUUUGUUGGGUACUAUUGAAAACGAAUUGGGCAUCAGAAAACUUGUUGAAGAGCACGGGUACGAGUUGAUCACCACCGAUAGGAAAGACCCAGAACCAACUUCUGCCUUUGACGAAUACUUGGACAGAGCUGAGAUCAUCAUCACCACUCCAUUCUUCCCGGCUUAUGUCACAAAAACCAGAAUUGCAAAAGCUCCAAACUUGAAGUUGUGUAUCACUGCUGGUGUUGGUUCAGACCACUAUGAUUUGGAUGCCUUGAAUGAAAAGGGUGUUGCUGUGUUGGAAGUCACUGGAUCCAAUGUCCAAUCUGUUGCUGAACAUGCUGUUAUGACCAUGUUGAUCUUGCUCAGAAACUACGGUGAGGGCCACCACCAAGCCGUCAGUGGUGGAUGGGAUAUCGCUGCAGUUGCCAAAGAUGAAUUCGACAUGGAAGGUAAAGUUUUCGCUACUGUUGGUGCUGGUAGAAUUGGUUACAGAAUCUUGGAGAGAUUGGUUGCUUUCAAUCCAAAGAAGUUGUUGUACUACGACUACCAAGCUUUGCCUGAUGCCGCGGUCAAGAAGAUCAACGAUGCUUCUAAGUUGUUUAAUGAUGUUGACAAUAUCCUUGAAAGAGUCGACACUUUGGAAGAAUUGUUCUCCCAAGCUGAUGUUGUCACUCUUAACUGUCCAUUGUAUGAAAAAUCCAAAGGAAUGGUUAACAAGGACUUGAUCUCCAGAAUGAAGAAAGGUUCUUAUUUGAUCAACACUGCCAGAGGUGCCUUGACCGAUCCACAAGCCGUUGCCGAUGCCGUCAACUCUGGUCAUAUUUCCUAUGGUGGUGAUGUCUGGCCAGUGCAACCGGCUCCAAAGGACAUGCCAUGGAGAACCAUGCACAGUCCAUAUGGAAAAGACUACGGUAAUGCCAUGACUGUUCAUGUCUCUGGUACUUCUUUAGAUGCUCAAGCUAGAUAUGCUGAUGGUGUUAAACAGAUCUUGACCGAGUAUUUCAACAAGACCUACAAGUACAGACCACAAGAUGUCAUUGUUAUUGAUGGUCACUAUGCUACUAAGGCUUAUGGUCAACACAAUAAGUAG